CUUAUUCCAUAGAGUUCCUAACAACCGGCGUGCUAUAAUUUCUCAGUACAGCGAGCCUCCAUGCCAAUUAUGGACCUUGAAGAUGUUGACAAACGCCCCACUCGUCGCUCCAUAUACCUCAAUCCAAACGCCAAGUCCUACCGAGCCCCAGAAACAGAAGACAACUCAGCCGAGCUGCAAGCCUUCUAUUCAAGUCUCCCCGAUUACGCGCCAACCAAACUAGUUCCCCUCCCCGAUUUAGCAGCCGAACUAGGUAUCAAAGGCGUCUACGUCAAAGCCGAGACUUCGCGUCUCGGUCUCCCAUCUUUCAAGCUCCUAGGUGCAUCAUGGGCAGUCCGCCAAGCGAUCAUUCAUUCUGCAAAACUCCCGUCUUCCGCUUCCCUGGAUGAUCUAAGGGCAGCUAUAAAGCAGCAUGGAAUGAAGCUCUGCGCUGCGACGGAUGGGAAUCAUGGGCGAUCUGUUGCAUUCAUGGGACGACUUCUGGGGGUGGAAGAAAUCAAGGUUUUCGUCCCAAGAGGAUUGGAUGAGAAGAUCAUAGCUUCGAUUGUGGACGAAGGGGCGGAUGUCGUGAUUGCUGAUGGAGAUUACGAUCACACGGUGAGGACGGCGCAUCGAUUUGGGGAGGAGACGGAGGGGUUUAUGCUCAUUGAAGCUGUUGCUUAUGAGGGGUAUGAGGAUGUUCCUAGGUGGGCAGUAGAAGGAUACACAACUAUGCUUCGGGAAAGCGAUGCUCAGCUUCUCGUCCACGCUGAAAUGCAGAAGCAAGAUCAGGCACUAAGCAUGAUCAUCGCACCCGUCGGGGUAGGCUCCCUGACCCAAGCAAUCAUCUCCUACUACAAAUUUCCAAACAACGCCUCUCCAACUCCUGCCGUGGUGACAGUCGAACCCGACACAGCAGCAACGUUGCACAAAAGUCUCAAAGUAGAAAAGUCACUCUCGAUUGCCACGAGUCCCACGAUAAUGGCUGGCCUAGAAUGCGGGACUCUGUCCAGUAUUGCUUGGCCAUUGCUGCAACCGGGGGUGGAUAUCAGCACUACGAUCUCAGACUGGGAGUGCCACCAUGCUAUUGAAUACCUGAAGAAGCACGGUGUGGGUGCUGGACCUUGUGGUGGUGCUGCACUUGCUGGCUUACGUCGCCUGGCCUCUGAUCCCGCAAGCAAGGGAGUCUUGAACAAAGAUUCGGUGGCUGUGUGUAUUUGUACAGAAGGCACUCGGCCAUAUACUCUUCCCACGCCGGUGGGUGGUGAAGAGCUGUCACUUGUAAACGCAUUGAUGGUGUUGCAUAUGACGCCUAGUAUUGCCCCUGGCUGGAGUAUGCAGAAUGUACCGGUUUCUGCGGUGUUUAACUAUGUUGCGCAGUGGCUUGAGUAUAGAGAUGUUGAAGUGAGCUGUGUUGAAUAUGGUUCUGAGAAUGCUUCUUUGGUCGCGAAGCUCCACGGUGCAGGUGAGUGGGUUGGCAAUGGGGAAAGGAAGUCGCUGCUGCUGAUCUCGCAUCUUCCUUCGAAGACCGAGGAUGAGAUAGGUAUGUACACCGGUCUAGGAGCAGCCUUGCUUGCUGUAGCACAGCUCCAACAAUCCACUUCGAUGGCUAGGCCAAAUAUCACACUAGCAAUAAUCCCUGCCGUCGCGGGCCUUAGGUCUGUUCUUGAAACUUUGAGUACUCCGGAUGCUGGGUUACUUGUUGACACAGCAGCGGGCUUCGAUCUGUUGAAUGUUCAGGAUGGGAUGAACUUCGAGUUUUCUAGGACGGUGGAACGGAGCGUGAGGUCUGCAUUGGGGAGAGAGGUGGCGCUGAGGGAAGCCAGUUCGAGCCCAGGCAGUGUCCUCGAUAUAUUAAAGGGGAAUAAUCUAUAUGCGAUGACGCUUGGAUGCCUGGGGGGGAACUUGGCAGAUGAUAAAGGAGAUAAGGGAGAUAAGGGAGAGGAAAGUGAAUAUUUGAUGGCGAAGGCAUUGAUUCAGGUUGCGAAAGAUUGGUGCAGUUGAAUGGUGGAUGGUUUGAGAUGGUGGUAUAGGGUUAUUGGCGAAUGAUGACGCUGAGGUGAUCAUGUUUAUUAAGAGAAAGUAGAUAGAAGAGGAUUGGUAGACAUCUCUCAAUGAGCGACUGAGUUUAAUGAAAGAGAAUAGAAGCACU